UCCUGUGACAAUGGCCUUAUCAAUAACAUUUUCGCUUGCGUGUUGGAGUUGGUUGAAUCUGAUGGACGUUCCAUCCAAGGUCGUUCCUAUUGAACUGUAUCCAGCUCUCCUUGCUGGAAGAGACAACCAGUUGGAAGAACACCCAGUUAAGCAUCGAGACGCGUGCGCAGAAAGCAGCGAGAGAGAAAAGGGAGAGAGAAGGUUCUCUGUUUGAGAGUGUGAGGAAGGGCAAGAGGAGUGUUCGUCCAAACGGAAGGAGAGAGCAGACCCCUCUUGAGAGAUCUACUGACAUCCCUUCCUCAAGCAUGGCGGAAAUCACAUCUGCCCAAUGGCGGGCCAUGCUGGACGCGGCAAGCGAGUUUGAGAAACCGUUCUUUCAGAGACUUUAUGAUGAUGCGGUACUGAGGGAAGGGGAGGCAGAGGCAGCAGCUAAGGCCGCCAGCAUUGCUGCGCAAGAGGCCCUCCUGCAGGUUCCAGAAGCUAAUGCUGACCGGUUCAAGGAGAAGYUAGCUGCUGCCGUUGCAGCCUUGGUCCGUCUGCGGGAAUUGGAAGACUUUGAAUCUCGUGUGACAGCACUAGAGCAGCAGACACGAGAGCUGCAGGCUGAGGUACUCAGCCUUAGACAGUCCCAACUGUCUGCCCCCCGCCCUCCUAACCCUCGACUUGCUGCAGUCCCGGUCCCUCAAACUAACACAGCCCUAGUGGCAAGUGCAAGUGGAACUGUGGCAAGCGCAGGAACCGGUGCCAGCUCUUCAAGCGGCAGCGCCGGCAGCUCUGCACUCGUCAUAGUCCCAGGUGCAGGCCCUUCAGCCCAGAAUGCCCCAGUUCAUACUGACAUUCCAUACAGCAGUCCCAUGGUGGACAAGAGGGCGGCCACUUUGCCGUCCAAGUACGAUGGGAAGGCGGAUAUUACAUCCUGGAUUAGUUCCAUGAGAUCAUACUUCGAGGUCAUGCGGACACCGCAGGAGGACCGAAGUAUGAUCAUGGGCACUAAUACUGAGCCCGUCGUACGGAAUCAUAUUGAACUACAAGCUGUUGCAGCAGGCUACGAGAGGAUAGACCUGACUAGCUGGCUGAAGGUGACCCCUGUACGCACUCUUGAAGAUCUCCUCCUUGAACGAUAUCAGGAUAAGCAUGCGGCGCUCAAGGCUAGGCUAAAGCUUGAGACUCUCAAGGGCCAAACAUGGAGAUCUUCCAUGCAAGCUUUAGAACAGCACUUGACUGGUCUGUUUACAACACCUGACCUGGGGAUGACUGACGUGUCAUGCAUGGAUGUAGUCAUGGGAGUGGCCCCUAAGGAAUACCUCUCCCUGCUAGCACUCAAGGACCAUGCUACYUGGCGAGAGCUCAUGAAGGACCUAGUCAACCUAGAAGCCAAGGACCUCGCCAGACGCAAAAAGGCGCCCGCUGCAGGUGGGAAACCACAACGCAAGCGGUUUGGGAGCAGCAACCAGCUUGCACUGCAUGAUCAUCGGGAGGCUGAGGAUCAGUCCUACGCGGAUGAUCUGUCUCUAGAUGACGAUCUAGAGCCGGACUCCGAUACGGGCUGUUCUUCAUCAGCCAUUGAGUGUGACCGUAACGAAGAUGAAAAACUUAAUGCAUUCAAGAAGACUGCUUCUAAGGGGCCUAACCGCGGUUCGGGAGCCAAGCGCUGGACUUGGGAAGCGCUGCCUGGAGGAGAAGAGCAGCUGGGCACUCAGCCUGGCUAUGGCGAGCAGCCCAGCCCGAGGAGGAGGAAGAAGGGGCCGAAGGAGGAGAGUGGCGAGGUACCUACCUGGCUAUGGUGGACACCAUCUUCAUCACCUUGCUGGGCACCGCAUCUGGAAGGCCCCAGUUGGGGUAAUGCCACACCAAGGAAGCUCGAGGCAGAGUCAAGCAUGGCGGCUCAGUGAGCAGCAGCACAGCUGCUUCGGGUUCUCCUUUGGACAGGAGUGCAGCGACAUAGCUGCUUUGCGU